GUAGCUGCGUCUGUACGCAUAACCAGGACCUACGGAUUUCCCGACGCCUCCGCCGCAGCAGCUCCUUUGUUCUGUACUGCUUCCAGAAGCCAGUCCUCCACGUAUUCCUUCUAGUCUCUAACACGACCUCUCUAUGGUACCAGGUCCCUCCCCCCUGACGUCACUGCGCCACUGGCUGCGCCCGUUACGAUUUGAACUAUUUGAACGGUUUGGGCGGGAGCGGAUGGACCUCUAGUGCCGGGGAGACAGAAACAUCAACGGGGACGUGCGGAGUCGGGAAACCGGCCCCGUUGUAGGCAUCACCAUGAGCUACCCAGAGAGUGUUUCCCAGCUUCUGCAGGUCUGUGCCCGCAAGACAGAAGAUUUUGUGCGGCUUCUGGAUAGCAAGCACAUGGUAUGGCUCCUGGAGAUCGAAGAGGCAGCCAGGAAAAUGUUUAGCAGUGACUUCAGCGCUGAGCCAGAGCUGAUGCCUAAGACUCCGUCUCAGAAGAGACGACGAAAGAAGAGAACCUCAAUUGUGUCCGAUGAAAACAGAGACCCCAGUGGACGCAGGUUAUCAAGACGAAGCAGUGCCAGCUGGAGUACAUCUGUACGCAGACUGUCAACUAGACAAAUGAACAAAGCACUUGAGACAUCCAUUCCAGAGGAGACUGUGCAACCUAAGAGAGUGACUCGGGCGAGGGUACAAGCUAGCAUAGUCUGUAUGCCUGCAGCAGAGAGACCACUACAAGAACUUACUUCGAGCUCUGCCAAUGAUCGCAUUCUGCAGGUGAAGAUCAGUGCUGAAGAUCGCCACAGUGCAGAGCUACAAAUCACAGAGCUGGUUGCUUUGGGUUCCAGUGCUCCACCUGUCCCCGUUGCUCCCGCAGUGGUGGCUGCUACAGAACAUCCUGCCCCUGUCACACCUCCAAAAAACGAUCGCACAGCAGCCAAGUUAAAGAUUGCAGAUAGCUCCACUCCUAGGAUGGCAGCUGUUGAUAAAGAGUCGGUAGAUCUGACCCUUGAAUCUCCCCAACCUGUUGCAGAAGCAGCCAAGGCGUUGGCUUUGGAAUUGUCAAAUCACAGCAUGACUCCCACAGGAUCACGCUCUGACCGCCGCUCUGUUCGUCGCAGCAUCGUGGCAAAAAAGUCGAUCAGCUCUCGCUCCUCUUUGGCUAAUAAGUACUCGCUUGCUAGCAAGCGUGAAAGCAUGACCAAAGAAGCUGUGCGCAAGUCCAUUCGUCGGUCGGUGUCCAAAAAGAAAGCUACAGAGACUUCUUCAUCAUCUAGUUACAAGAGCUACCAGAGCUCUGUUGAAGUAGUGGAUGAUGAAGUCAUUGUUAGGACAGAAGAUGCUGAACUCGCUGAGACCGCUUUGACCUCCGGCAGCCACUCUCUCAGAACACGUGGUUUUAAAAAGAUUGCAAUUAGCAAUUUACCAGACUCUGAUCAGCCACAAAGGAUGGCGACACGGCAGUCAUUGACAUUAAACACUGAACCUGGUCCAGACACGUAUGAUGAUCAGACAAUCAGGCGGAAGAGUUACAAGCGAGCUGUUGAUGAACUGUCUGACGAACAUCUCAGUGAUGAUGAGAUUAACUCUCCUCCCAGGAAGAAGACUCCAUCUCCACCAUGUCCUCCCAGCAAAGUUGUAAAACCUCCACCCCAUAUGAAGAGCUUUCUGCAUACAGUGCAGAAGAAUCAGUUCUUGAUGAUGACUCCCGGAUCCAUUGGGAAGAGUCUGAUGGUGAAAUCCUUUAUAAAACGCAACACCCCUCUGAAAACAGAUCCAAAGGAGAAGGAGCGGCAGCGCCUUGAAGUGCUACGUAAAAAAGAAGAGGCUGAGCUACAGCGCAAGCAGAAGAUAGAGGAGGGAAAAAAACGAAAGCAGGAGGAACUUAAAUUGAGGAGGGAGGAACGUUUGCGUAAGGUGUUGCAGGCACGUGAGAGAGUAGAACAGAUGGAGGAAGAGAAAAAGAAAAAAAUGGAACAAAAAUAUGCUCAAAUAGAUGAGAAGAGUGAGAAGGUGCGAGAAGACCGUAUGGCUGAGGAGAAAUCCAAAAAGAAAAUCACAGCUAAAAAGCAGGAGGAAAUAGAGUCUAGGAGGCGGCAAGAGGAGGAGGCACGGAAACUCAAAGCAAAACAGGAGGAAGAGGACCGCAGGCAACAGGAGCUUCUCAUCCAGAAAAAGAGGGAAGAGGAGGAGCAGGAAAGACAGAGAAAGCUUGCAGAGGCGAAGAAGCUGGCUGAGAUGCGGCAAGCGGAACAGGAACGCGAGAGGCAGCGGGAGCUGCAACUGGCAGCAGAAAAAGAGCAGGAGCGGUUCAUACUACAAAGAGAAAGGGAGCGUGUAGAGAAAGAAAAGGCUCUUCUGUUGCAGAGAGAUCUUGAGCGAGUGGCACAGGAGAAGGAGCAGCAGCGCAGAGAGGCAGAAGAGCGGAAGAAAAGAGAAAGGCUGGAACAGGAACGCCAGGAAAGACUACACAGAGAGAUGGAGGCCAAGAAGUUAAAAGAACAAGCACAGAGAUUGCGUGAGGAGCAGGAGAGAUUGGCGGCUGUUGCAAAUGCACCAGUGCUGAAUGUCACUGUAGAUAUCCAGAAAUCCCCAGCCUGUGAAUCCUAUGAUAUGACUCCAAAGAGCUGUAAACCUUACUCUUCUAAGGCCAAUUCAGAGGACUAUGGCAUGGACUUAAACAGUGAUGACUCCACUGAUGAUGAAGGCAAACCUCGCAAGCCUAUCCCAGCUUGGGCAUCUGGAAACCAGCUAGACCAAUCUGUGCGCCAACAGUACUACCAUCCCAUAGAUCUGGACAGGUUGUUUGGCACCAUUGACAGUCCAAAACUGGAAAAUAUGUUUAAUAAAAGCAAACCCCGCUUCUACAAACGCACUAGCUCUGCAGUAUGGCACUCUCCCCCACUAAACAGCAACAGACAGCAUCUUACUGUGGGCUAUGGCUUGAAGAAAUUCUGAGUUGGGGGGGACUGUAGCCUUACUAGCCCAUAUCACAGACUAUAUUGCACGUUGCCAUCUAACCUCUGUAUGACUGUCUAUUGUAUCUGUAAUUUUUAUGUGAACUGGCUAUAUUAUAUAUUGUAUGGUAGGGAUGUAUCAUUUUAAAAAUAAAGAUUCUUUAAGGAUUA